GGCCCACUGACAUCAGAGCAGGAAGUGUUUGAGGAAGUCUAGAGUUGGCAGGCAGGCUGACUAACCCAGGUCCCUGAACCCUGAUGUGGGUAGCGGAACACUCACCGACCUAAGUCCCUCCAGGUGGUCCCCACCUCCCUCCGGGGAUCCCUGGCCCCUGCCCUGGCAAGUGCUGCUUCCCCGCCUCCCCCACCCACCGGGCAGCCAAAAGUUCUUCAGAAUGAGCUGGCCCCCUUCUCUUCAAAUGCAGACUUGUGGGCCCUGGGAAAUGAAAGAACGCCUUGGAACUGGGGGGUUUGGAAACGUCAUCCGGUGGCACAAUGAGGAAACAGGAGAGCAGAUCGCCAUCAAACAAUGUCGGCAGGAGCUAAGUCUUCGGAAUCGAGAGAGGUGGUGCCUAGAAAUACAGAUCAUGAGAAGGCUCAACCAUCCCAAUGUUGUGGCUGCCCGGGAUGUCCCUGAAGGGAUGCAGAAGCUGGCACCCAAUGACCUUCCUCUGCUGGCUAUGGAAUAUUGUCAGGGAGGAGACCUCCGAAAGUACCUGAACCAGUUUGAGAACUGCUGUGGCCUUCGGGAAGAAGCCAUCCUCACUCUACUUUCUGACAUUGCCUCAGCACUCAGAUACCUUCAUGAAAAUCGGAUCAUCCAUCGGGACCUGAAGCCUGAAAAUAUUGUCCUACAACAAGGAGAAAAAAGGUUAAUACACAAGAUCAUUGACCUAGGAUAUGCUAAAGAACUGGAUCAAGGCAGUCUUUGUACUUCUUUUGUGGGGACACUGCAAUACCUGGCUCCAGAGCUGCUGGAACAACAGAAGUACACGGUCACUGUGGAUUACUGGAGCUUUGGCACCCUAGCAUUUGAGUGUAUCACAGGGUUCAGGCCAUUCCUCCCCAACUGGCAGCCAGUGCAAUGGCAUUCAAAAGUUCGACAGAAAAGUGAAUUGGAUAUUGUUGUAAGUGAAGAUUUGUCUGGAGGAGUAAAAUUCUCAAGUUGUUUACCAUACCCUAAUAACCUUAACAGUAUACUAGCCCAGCGAUUAGAAAAGUGGCUGCAGCUGAUGUUAAUGUGGCAGGCCCGUCAGAGGGGCACAGACCCUACAUAUGGCCCAAAUGGCUGUUUCAAAGCCCUGGAUGACAUCUUGAACCUAAAGCUGGUUCACAUCUUGAAUAUGGUAACAGGCACCGUGCACACCUACCCCAUCAUGGAGAAAGAAAGCUUGCAAAGCUUGAAGGCCAGGAUCCAGGCCGACACAGGCAUCCCAGAAGAGGACCAGGAGCUGCUCCAGGAGGCUGGCCUGGCAUUGUUCUCUGACAAACCAGCUACGCAGUGUAUUGUGGAUAGCAAGCUAAAUGAUGACCGAAUAUUGGACAUGGACCUCAUUUUUCUCUUUGACAAUAGAAAAAUCACCUAUGAGACUCAGAUCUCCCCGAGGCCCCCACCAGAAAGCGUCAGCUGUAUCCUUCAAGAGCCCAAGCGGAAUCUCCCUUUUUUCCAGCUGAGGAAAGUAUGGGGUCAGGUGUGGCACACGAUCCGGACCCUGAAAGAAGACUGCAGUCAGCUGCAGCAAGGCCAGAGAGCAGCCAUGAUGAAUCUCCUUCGCAAUAAUAGCAGUCUCUCCAAAAUGAAGAAUUUAAUGGCAUCCAUGUCUCAGCAGCUCAAGGCUAAGCUGGAUUUCUUUAAAACCAGCAUCCAGAUUGACCUGGAGAAAUACAGUGAACAGACCGAGUUUGGCAUCACAUCGGAUAAACUGCUGCUGGCCUGGCGGGAGAUGGAGCAGGCUGUGGAGCUCUGCGGGCGGGAGUCAGAUGUGAAACUUCUGGUAGAACAAAUGAUGGCAUUACAGACAGACAUUGUAGACCUACAGAGGAGCCCAAUGAGUCGGAAACAAGGAGGAACCUUGGACGAUCUAGAAGAACAAGCAAGAGAGCUUUACCGGCGGCUAAGAGAAAAACCAAGAGACCAGAGAACUGAUGGUGACAGUCAAGAAAUGGUUCGACUACUUCUUCAGGCCAUCCAGAGCUUUGAGAAGAAAGUACGAGCCAUUUAUAUGCAGCUCAGUAAAACCAUGGUUUGCAAGCAGAAGGCACUGGAAUUAUUACCUCAGGUGGAAGAAGUGGUGAGCUUAAUGAAUGAAGAUGAGAAGACAGUUGUUCAGCUGCAGGAGAAAAGACAGAAGGAACUAUGGAAUCUCCUGAAGAUAGCAUGUAGCAAGGUACGGGGUCCAGUGAGUGGGAGUCCAGAUAGCAUGAAUGCAUCUCGUCUUAGUAAUCCUUCACAGUUAUUAUCUCAGCCUCCCACAGCUCCCUACAGCUUACCUGACUCAAUCAAGAAAAGUGAAGAAUUGGUGACGGAAACACAAAGUCUCUGCACCCAGCUACAAAGUAUGAUGGAGGAUGCCAUGAAAAAGCAGGAUCAGAGUUUUAUGACCCUGGACUGGUCCUGGUUACAUUCUGAGGAUGGAGAAGAUGAAGGCGUGGAGCAGACACAGAUCUGAGCCUCUGGGGCUGCUUGGACAGACUCAACCCAAUGAUGCUGCUGAGGAAUGUCUGCCAGGGCUGUUCUGACCCCUGGGUCUCCUGAGCCAAGAGUGCUGUCAGGACGGGGCUCUCACUUCCUCUGCAAUGGCAGCACCAUUGAAACUGAAGUUAUGGCCCCAGUGGGUGACACCUUGGGCCCGGGCAGAAGAGUUGAGAGACUCCCCCUCCCAUGGAAGGAGGCGGUGCCAAGGGAAGCUUCCUGGUGCCAGGCUGUGGGUCUCCCAGCAGAGAGGGCUACAACUGGUCCGGUCUGGGCCCCAAGGAUUCACACCUCCACAGACCACCCAGGACAGGCUUGGCUGCCUUUGGCCCUAGGGCAGGCCAUUGGGGGCAUCCUGGAUGAGUGUGCAUCUUUUCUUGACAUCUUGGAGACAGCCUGUCCCAAGCUGUACCACAUACAUACAUGGCCAGGGAAAUGCUGCAGCCAGUUCUAAAUGGCUUGUAAAAAAGACUUAACUUUUCAGUGUGAGCAUUUAUGCCUCAGAAAUCAGGGCUUGAUUAUUCUUUUCUCCAUUGUCUAGACUUAAAGUGUGAAUAAUGCAGAUUAAACUUCAAAGUGUGAAUGUAUCCCCCUUUCCCUGCCCCACCAGCCCUUGCCCUGAAGGUCACCAUUACCAGCUCAGCCCUUUUCUCUCUGUUCUUCUCUAGUCUAAAAGCCAAGGGCUUGAUCUAGGCUCCUGCAGGCCUUUGUCCUUUUAAAUAAAACCUUCUCCUUGGUCUCAUUCUCUCCCUGCGCUGCUGGUAGGAACUUAGGCCUGACUUUGCUCAUCACCUGCCCAUCCUUAACAAAGUCUUAGGGCUAUGCUGGUGAAACCAUGGCACGCGUGCCCAGCAUGCUGAAGGGGGCUGCUCCCCUUCCUCCUCCCCACCAACCCCUGAGGACAUUUCUCAUAUGCUCCGCCCCUCUGCCCAGCAGCUCCUCCCUCCCCUGGCCAAGCACUGGGCCUCUCCCUUCCCCCUCUCUAGGAUUGUCUGAGGACAUUCCUCACAUGACCAACCCCUUCCCCCCUAUAAAAAUUAUUAGUUAUAGCUCUGGAAAGAAGUAAACGCUGCAAAUGGCUUACCGGGUCAUCCCUCCUUACUCUAUUUACUACUGUUGACUGAAUGUGUGUUUUUUAACUAUGAUUGUCUAACUCUACCUUUCACCUAAUCUGGAAAUGUGAUUAAAUUGAUUGAUUUUUUUAAA